GGAAGAAAAAUAACGGAUUACAAGAUGGCGGUCUGUGGACGAUAGUGAAGGGGCCGUCGUAGUUGUUUUCAACGGUGAAUUUUACAGUUCGCUAGAUAUCCUGCCUUCUGCGGGAAAAAAUAAUCAGCAGCAUAAUAUGUUCAUUAAUUAGCGUAACGUUUUAGCACAUUAUUGUGUAUCAUACUCCGAUGUAUGUCUGGGACAUGCGGGUAGAAACACGUUUGAAGCUCGGGGAUAAGAACAUAGCUAGGCAACUAUUUUAAAGAUAGGGUGAACUAGUGUUUGCUAGCUAACGCGUUAGCUUUUCCUCAAGGUAACCAUGUCGGAUACUCGGCGGCGUGUGAAAGUAUACACGCUGAAUGAAGACCGACAGUGGGACGACAGGGGCACAGGACAUGUCUCGUCUACCUUUGUCGAACGACUGAAGGGAAUAUCAUUAUUAGUUCGGGCGGAAUCCGACGGCUCACUUCUUCUGGAGUCUAAAAUCAGCCCAAAUACUGCAUAUCAGAAACAGCAAGACACCCUGAUCGUGUGGUCUGAAGCAGAGAACUAUGAUCUGGCUCUGAGUUUUCAGGAAAAAGCUGGCUGUGAUGAAAUCUGGGAAAAGAUUUGUCAGGUGCAGGGGAAAGACCCUGCGCUGGAGAUCACCCAGGACCCCAUCGAUGAGUCCGAGGAGGAGCGCUUCGAGGAGAUGCCAGAGACCAGCCACCUGGUGGAGCUGCCUCCCUGCGAGCUGGCCCGGCUGGAGGAGAUCGCUGACCUGGUGACUUCUGUCCUGUCCUCGCCCAUCCGCCGGGAGAAGUUGGCCCUGGCCCUUAUGAGCGAAGGAUACAUGAAGAAGCUGCUGCAGCUCUUCCAGGUGUGCGAAGACCUGGACAACCGGGAGGGCCUACAUCAUCUGUAUGAGAUUGUGCGUGGCGUCCUCUUUCUCAACAAGGCGGCUCUAUUCGAGGUCAUGUUCUCGGAUGACUGCAUCAUGGACGUGGUGGGCUGCCUGGAGUACGACCCGGCACUAGUGCAGCCCAAAAGGCACCGCGAGUUCCUCACCAAGACGGCCAAGUUUAAGGAGGUGAUCCCCAUCACGGACUCAGAGCUGCGGCAGAAGAUCCACCAGACGUACCGUGUGCAGUACAUCCAGGACAUCAUCCUGCCCACGCCUUCAGUCUUCGAGGAGAACUUCCUUUCCACCCUCACAUCCUUCAUUUUCUUCAACAAGGUGGAGAUAGUCAGCAUGCUGCAGGAGGAUGAGAAGUUCCUAACUGAAGUCUUUGCACAGCUAACAGAUGAAGCCACAGAGGACGGUAAAAGGAGGGAACUAGUGAACUUCUUCAAAGAAUUUUGUGCUUUUUCACAAACCUUGCAACCGCAAAAUAGAGAUGCUUUCUUCAAGACUCUGGCAAAUCUAGGCAUUCUUCCUGCUCUUGAAAUAGUCAUGGGCAUGGACGACCUGCAGGUGAGGGCUGCAGCCACAGACAUAUUCUCAUACCUGGUGGAGUUCAGCCCCUCCAUGGUCCGAGAGUUUGUUAUGCAGGAGCCACAGCAGACUGAUGAUGACGUGCUGCUGAUAAACGUGGUGAUAAAGCAGAUGAUCUGUGACUCAGACCCUGAGUUGGGGGGUGCUGUGCAGCUGAUGGGGCUCCUACGAACACUGAUUGACCCAGAGAACAUGCUGACCCCCACCAAUAAAACGGAGAAGACAGAGUUUCUCAGCUUCUUCUACAAGUACUGCAUGCAGGUCCUCACAGCCCCUCUAUUGGCCAACACUGUAGACGAGAAGAAGUCUAAAGAUCUGCAAGAGGGGUCCACCAAGAUCAACCCAGUGUGCCCUGAUAAUUUCCAGACAGCUCAACUCCUGGCUUUGAUUCUGGAGCUGCUGACAUUCUGUGUUGAGCACCACACAUAUCACAUAAAGACCUACAUCAUGAACAAGGACCUGCUGCGACGAGUCCUGGUGCUAAUGAACUCUAAACACACCUUCCUGGCUCUGUGUGCUCUGCGCUUCAUGAGGAGGAUAAUCGGGCAGAAGGAUGAGUACUACAACCGCUACAUUAUCAAAGGGAACCUGUUUGAGCCAGUCAUCAACACCCUGCUGGACAACGGAACUAGAUACAACCUCCUAAACUCAGCCAUCAUCGAACUCUUUGAGUUCAUUAAAGUUGAGGAUAUCAAGUCCCUCAUAGCACACAUCAUAGACAACUACUUCACAGCUCUUGAAUCCAUUGAAUACGUCCAGACGUUCAAGGGCCUGAAGGGCAGAUAUGAGCAGGAGAAGGAUCGACAGACCCUGAGACUCAACAGAUAUCGUAGGGAUGCUCGAACACUGGACGGGGAUGAGGAAAUGUGGUUCAAUGAUGAUGAUUAUGAAGAAGGAGAGGCUGUUGAGAAAAGCAGGCCAGAGGAAGAGUUCCCAGAGAGCUACGGAAAGUAUAUGGAAGCAAAAAAAGGGGCUGCCAACGGUGCCAACGGCAAGCCAGCUGCCUCGCCCGCCGCCGCAGCCAGUCCCAACGGCUCUCCAGCCAAGUCGGCCGCGCCACCCGGCGCCCUGGUAGUCAAGACUGCGAUGGUCGGCCUUGUAGACUACCCUGACGAUGAAGACGAGGAGGAAGAAGACGAAGAGCAGUCGCCACGGAAACGGCCCCGUCUGGGCUCCUAAGCCAGUGAAGUCGUCUGGUCUUGGUCAGCUGUGCCACAGUCACAGUCCACUGGACAGAGACCACUCCCACCUUGCUACCCUCCCAGCCUGCCCCCCUGCUCCUACGUCCCCAUACCUGGCCUGUGGACCAGAGAGGUUGAACAGUGCCAAGGUUUCCCUGUUGCUCCGGCAGGGACGCAGCACUUCACCCAAACCUCAGCCGCUCUACAGAAGGGGGAGCAGGGGCUAAUGGGAGAGCCAGUCAGGCUAGCAGGACUAGCCGCUUAGUAAUGGAAGCUUGAUUGGCUGACCCUACAGAACUGUUCCUUUGGGUUGGGUGGAGGGAACUAGGCAAAAAGAGGGGGUAAGUAAAAAUAAAAAAAAACGAACCUACAGAAAACAAAAGUUGCUUAGUUCUGAGGAGCAGGACUCAACCGUUGAAGCUGGGGCUGCAUUGCCGAGGCUCACACACAACUAGCCAGGAAUCCUGUAUUCAUGAGUUUAAAAGUACUGUAUAGUUAUUUUUAAUGAUUUGCCCCUUAAGUGAUUUUAAAAGGGGAGAGCUAUACCUGCCAGUGUUUUUUUUUUUGCUGCACAAUUGGUGGGACCACUGUUCACCCUUUUAAUUCAAUUCAUUGUAGAAAGCAAGAGUUGCAAUGCUGGUUUUAAAAUAACAUGUAUUAAACUGCAGUAAAGUCAUUUUUGCAGCCCA